AUGACCAACACCGAAGCAUUCGAUCGCCACAAUGAGCCCAUCGCUAUUAUCGGAAUGGCCUGCAACCUGGCCGGCGGGAUUGACUCUCCACGCAGGUUCUGGGAUACAUUGAUUAAUGGGGAGAUCAAGCUCUCCGAGAAGAUUCCCAAGUCCCGUUUCAAUAUUGACGCCUAUUUCCGCGAGGACUCUUUUGGUAGAGCGGGAGCCAUUGCCUCCAAGGGUGGUUUCUUCCUCGAGACUGAAACGAACGCCUUCGAUGCUGAGUUCUUCGGGAUUAGUGCUGAUGAAGCCAGCCAUAUGGAUCCCCAGCAAUUCCGCAUCCUCGAGAGUGUUUAUGAAUGUCUCGAAUCUGCGGGCAAGACAAUGCAGGAUGUCAAAGGGACCAAUACGGCCGUCUAUCUAGGCAACUUCAGCCUGGACAAGGUCAUUGCUUCAGCUCGCCACUCGUACGAUGAUCGCCAUCUUCACGAGGUCGCCGGCGUCGACCCAGGCUUAUUGAGCGCUCGCGUUUCAUACUUCUACGAUCUGAAUGGUCCAGUCUACACUACAAACGCAGGUUGCACGAGCAGUCUCCUCGCUCUCCACACCGCUUCCAUGGCUCUCCGCCAAGGAGAAGCGCCGGCCGCGAUUGUUGGCGGUGUCAACCUCGUAUUGGGACCUGAGGCCUAUUCCAGCUAUUCCAAGUUCAACAUCAUGUCGGAAGACUCUAUGUGCCACCCAUUCGAUGCCCGUUGCAACGGUUACGCCCGUGCCGAAGGCGUGGGUGCGUUGUACGUCAAGCUACUGUCGGAUGCAAUCCGGGACAACGAUCCCAUUCGUGGUGUUGUCCGGUCGCUCGCCACUACGGCAAAUGGUAUGAUUCCAGAUACGCCUCUUUUCAUCCCCAACGAGACCGGUAUGGUGAAAUGCCUGAAUUUGGCAUACUCCCAGUCAGGCUUGGAUCCCGCCGAAACUGCAUAUGUGGAAACUCAUGGUGUUGGAAUGAUUCCCGGAGAGAUUGCUGAAGCGCACGCCAUCGGCAAAGUCAUGAAUACGCCCAAUCGACGGUCACGACCUCUUCCCAUUGGCGCUCUGAAGACAAAUUUUGGCCACCAAGAGGCCGCCAGCGGGAUCUUCGUCCUUAUGAAAGCAGCAAUGAUGACAGAGGCUGGCAUCAUCCCGGGUCAUGUGAACUUCAAGUCAGCACACCCUGCCAUCGAUCUCGAGAAGCUCAACAUCAAGCCUCAAGAGCAGACCGUCGAUUGGCCAGCUGAUUACCCUACCCGCCGUGUGGGAAUAUGUUCUUACGGAUGGACAGGGACCAAUGUACACAGCCUCAUCGAAGCUGUGCAGACGCUGCAUCCCAACUAUCGUCUGGGACAGAGACGCAAAACGGCCGACUAUGACCAUUCUGUAGCACGCCCUUUACUGCUGACGUUCUCGGCCGCCAAGGAGUCCUCCCUACAAGCAUACAUUGCUGCGUUCUCGCAGGUUGCCGACGAAUUCUACGCUGCCGACCUUGCAUACACGCUGAACAUGAAACGAUCCAAGUUCGACAAUCGAGCCGCCGCUGUGGUCGGGGUGUCUAGCUCAACGCAAAGCGAUAUCACGCAGUCUCUUAAGUCAGGCCCGGCCGCAACGGGAGAUGCCACCAAGAGCAUUGUGUUCUCCUUCACCGAAUCAUCUCGAGAUCUCCUUCCACUGGCUCGUGAAUUGCAGAAGCAUUUCCCCAUCUUUGCCCACUCAAUGGACGCCCUCAACCUGCAACAGACACUCACGGACCCUGCUACCGCGGCCCAUCCUUCGACAGUCAUACAGAUGGCACUUAUUGACCUUCUCUAUGACUGGAACAUCCGCCCUUCGGUCUUGCUUGAAUCAGAUACCGCUGCUGCAAGAGCUGCCAGCUCCAAGUUGGAGAACGUGCCUUUCGCCUCCAAGGAUGCACCAGAAGUUAAAGGUGCAGCGGUGACCGUAGAUCUCAGCCAAUUCCAGGACCUGGCUGGUCUGAUGUCGCUCGCUGGAGAGGCAUAUAUUGCGGGCGUGCCUCUCGACCUGGAGAAAGUCAAUGCCAGCAKCUCCGUCACCUGGAAGCCUUUGGUUGCGGUCGAUUUGCCCCAUUACAUUUGGGACCAUUCAAAGACCUAUUCGAGCGAGAGUCAUGCCAAUAUCGAGUUCAAUCAGAAUAGUCAUCCUUACCAUGAGUUGCUUGGUCGCAGAGUCUGCGGCCUUCCGCCAGCGACCAAGAUCUGGAGAAACAAGCUUUCCUUCCAAGAUCUCCCGGACUGCCUUCCCCCUCAAUCAAAGGCGAAGCCUGUCACAACUCUAGGAACAGCAGCGCUUGUAUCGAUUGUCGCCGAAGCCUUGCAUCAAGGCUUUGAAAACGCCCCUCCCACCGGUUGGAACAUUCGGGACUUCAAGGUUCUUCAACCUCUGACCUACGAGAACGAUGUUAAUUUGAUCGAAAUCCACACGUCGAUUUGUGAGACAUCAAGCGCUAGCUACCAGAUCACGAUCCAGUCAGUCAGAGAGGGAGUUUGGACCAAACAUYGUGAGGCAUUCAUGUUGCAGACAUGCGAUAGAACAGAUUCCCCUCUGGAUGUUGUUGACGCUCCUACUUCUUCGGAUAUAACCCUUGAAUCUGUCCCAGCAGGCGAGGCUUUUGAUCUUGACUCCACACUGGCUGAAGCUGGUCAGAAGCAAUUUGACCCUUACCGCGUCCACCCCCGACUCAUCUCUGCCGCGCUGGACAUUGCUGCGCAACAUGACUCUGACUCUGGACUGUCCAUCAACCUCAACGCCUUGAGCUUGGAAAGCUUGUCGAUCUACAAAUCUGAAGCUACGUUUGGAGGCAAAUUUUCGAUUACAGCAACCUCCCAAAAUGCUGUGGAGGUUAGCUCUGGCAGCGGCAAUGAUGUAAAGCCGGUGGUGUCUGUCCGAAGCGUUCACAUCUAG